AUGGUGUAUGGUUGUUGGAAGAGCCUCAUGUGUCAUUGUUAACAGUAGCUCCAGUAUUAUCAUUGUUACCGGUUGAUAAUUGUAUGUGGUGUGCAAGUGGUAAUGGUGUCUUCAUUGUCAAUGCAAACACUGUACAGAGACAGGCAAGUUUCAAUGUUCACAAUGAUGCCAGAGUUUGUGUGCAAUUUAUGGUAAAGGCAGGCAUUGGUGUAUGGGUGUCUAUGCGAAAUAAAGCAACAAUUAGAUUAUUUCAUACUGAAACCAUGCAAUAUUUACAAGAAAUCAACAUAGCUGCCCCUAUUGGUCGAAUGUUACAAGGUUUGGAAAGCCGAACCAAGUCAUUUUUUCAUAACAGGCAAGUUUUUGUGACCUCUCUGUUGGCCUGUCAAGGAUCCCUAUGGGUUGGCACCAGUGUUGGUGUUCUCCUAGAUUUACCCACCCCAAAACUUGAAGGUGUGCCCCUUAUAAAUGGACCAGCUAGAGUUUGUUAUCAUACACAUGUUGGGCCUGUGAGAUUCCUUGUGGCAACACGUAGGAAAAAGCUUCCAGGUUGGCAGUUUGUACGUCCUGACCUUUUACGCUCUGAAGAUGGAGACAGCUAUAGUCUGACAAGCGAAGAUGGUGCAGAAGAUCCCCUGGAAACCAGCAGUGCAGCCACAGUUGCUAUGACAACCAAGCCACAAAGCUACAUGGCAUUUACAUUUGAUGAGGAUGAAGAAAACCAGGGACAGAACUCUGAGGUAUUUGUAGAUGCAGGUGAUGUGGUUACCACGUCAACAUCAAAGUCUCCACGAAGACACAAAGGAAUUCGAUAUUGUUGGUCCUCCAAUGUUGGUCGUGUCUGGAGGAGAAGGUCAUUGGUAUUUGAAAG